GCGCCGGCGCGUCCAGCCCUCCCGCCCGGGGGAGGGGCGGGGUUGCGUCGCUGCCGCUGACCCUUGAGCGCGCGGCGGCAGAGGCGGUGUCCAGUCUUCCGGGCGGGUAGUCCUUCAGCUCCGGAGCCGCGACUGCGCUCGCCUAGGUGGUGGGCGGGGAGGGAAGGAAGGGAGCGGGCGCAAGGCGGCGGCGGGGGCGGCUGCGGGUGAGGAACUUGUUGCGCCCGCGGCUGCGCGGUGCCCCUCCCUCCGCUCCAGUUCGUCGGGGCGGGCGCGGCGGCGGCGGAGAAGGAGGAGCGCGGCCGGGGCGAUGCGGCGCUACCUGCGCGUCGUGGUGCUGUGUGUGGCCUGCGGCUUCUGCUCGCUCCUUUACGCUUUCAGCCAGCUCGCCGUGUCCCUGGAAGAAGGAGCGGGCGGCGGUGGCGGGAAGCCGCAGGCCGCAGUGGCUUCCUGGCUCGCGGGCGGCGGACGCGGCGCCGUGAGAGGCGCCGGCGUCGCGGGCCCCGCAGCGCAUCCCGGCGUGUCGGACAGGUGUAAAGAUUUCUCUCUGUGUUACUGGAAUCCCUAUUGGAUGCUGCCCUCUGAUGUUUGUGGAAUGAACUGCUUUUGGGAAGCGGCUUUUAGGUAUAGUCUGAAAAUACAGCCUGUUGAGAAAAUGCAUCUAGCUGUAGUUGCCUGUGGUGAAAGACUGGAAGAAACUAUGACGAUGUUGAAGUCAGCUAUCAUUUUCAGCAUCAAACCUCUUCAAUUCCAUAUUUUUGCUGAAGAUCAGCUACAUCAUAGCUUUAAAGGCAGACUUGACAACUGGUCAUUUCUACAAACAUUUAAUUAUACGUUAUACCCCAUAACCUUUCCAAGUGAGAAUGCAGCAGAGUGGAAAAAACUCUUUAAACCAUGUGCUUCACAGAGAUUGUUCUUGCCGUUAAUCCUGAAAGAAGUUGACUCACUAUUGUAUGUCGACACUGAUAUCCUUUUUUUACGACCAGUUGAUGAUAUUUGGUCUUUACUAAAGAAAUUUAAUUCCACACAAAUUGCCGCAAUGGCACCAGAACAUGAGGAACCUCGAAUAGGAUGGUAUAAUCGCUUUGCUAGGCAUCCAUAUUAUGGAAAAACUGGAGUAAACUCUGGAGUUAUGUUGAUGAACAUGACUCGAAUGAGAAGGAAGUAUUUCAAGAAUGAUAUGACAACUGUACGACUACAAUGGGGAGAUAUACUUAUGCCAUUGCUUAAAAAAUACAAACUAAACAUCACAUGGGGUGAUCAAGAUCUAUUGAAUAUCGUGUUUUUUCAUAAUCCAGAAAGCCUUUUUGUUUUUCCGUGUCAAUGGAAUUAUCGACCAGAUCAUUGUAUAUAUGGAAGCAAUUGCCAAGAAGCAGAAGAAGAAGGAAUCUUUAUUCUUCAUGGGAACAGAGGUGUUUACCAUGACGAUAAGCAACCAGCAUUUAGAGCUGUUUAUGAAGCACUGAGAAAUUGUUCUUUUGAAGAUGACAACAUCCGUUCCUUAUUAAAACCUUUAGAACUGGAACUACAAAAAACAGUGCAUACAUACUGUGGAAAAAUUUACAAAAUAUUUAUCAAACAACUAGCAAAAAGUGUAAGAGAUCGUUAUGCCAGAUCACCAAAGGAAAAGUGAUUCUUGGUGACUGCUUAAUCAAAUGGAUGAAAACAAAGAAUCAGAAGAUAAGUGUGAAGGAAUCAUCUUGGAUGAAGUAUUCAGGAAGGAAUUACUCAUCUCCAGAAUAAUUUUUUUUUUCCUAAAGAAGUUAAGUAAGCAGUAUUUUCAGGUAAUGAAGAAUAAGUUAAAAUCUUGGGCCUCAACAUUGAACAUUUUUUAUCUGUGAUGUUUUGUAAUGUUACUUGCUAUCAUUCCAGUAUUGAUGAAAAUACUAUUGAAUGGGUUUAACCUGCAGACUUCUGUUGACUCAUACUCUCAAGAGUGGUAGGGGUGUGUAGAUGGAGAAAAUGUACCUCAAACAGUGCCAACACUCAAGACUGUGAGUAGAGCAAUAAUUUUAUGUCAGCACUAACCUCACUUUAAAUGUGUGAGAAAAAAGUUUGUUUACAGGAGCAGAAACAGUUCUGUUUCUAAAGAAAUGUGAUGUAACUGAUGUAACCAUUGACAAUCUAUGUGUGCCUUUAUACAUUUCAUCUCUGUUUUAAAAUAUUUUUAUGACAAUCAUGUUUAAAAUUAUUUUUAGAUUACAAGUAAGCUGCAUGUUAAAAAUUGAGCUGUGUAAGGUAGAGGAAAAAUAGUGAAAACUUUGGGAUUUUAAUCUGUGUGUGCGUGUUUGUGUGUGAGAGAGAGUGAGAAAUGUAAUGUUUCAUUUUGUAUGCAUUAAACUGUCUUGCCAAAACUCAGAUCUAAGAUUGUUAAAUAGAUAUUUGGGGAAUUUUUUUUAAAUCACUUUAAAUGAAAAACGUCAGCUUUACUGGGCAUUCUGGAAGCAAAAUAUAUUAUGCUGAUGGUAAAGUGAGAACCUUAAGAGUAUACUCAUGAUGGUGGAAAGUGUGAUGGACCAAAAUGCAUAAGCUAUAUACUUCCUGUGAGUAGUAAUUUUAGUUACAAUGGAGUAGAAAAAUGUGGUCCAUUUAAACUUGUCUUCUACCUCAUAACGGCCUUGCAAGAUACUUUUGAAGAAGCAAAUGUCUAGAGCCUUACUUUAAGUAAGUUAAACAACUUAAGUGGAUGAUUUGGAAUAAGAUUGUUACAUCCAGCUGUAGAAAAUGUGGUUUUAAUUGGGUUGAUGUGCAUAUCUUCCUUUUUUGAAUAUCACCUAAGACAGUUAAUUUUUUUAAAUCUUGAGAAAUUACUUCUUUGGCAUUCUUGACCUGUUAGCUAAUAUAACUAUAGAUUCUGAAUACUUAGCAUAUACUAUGCUGGGGCACAUAUCUUAUUUUACCAACAAUAUGAUUAUCUAUAUGGUUAUCUUCUUUUUCUCCCUGAUAUUUUAAUGCUCAAGUAGAAAAUGGAAAAUCAUGAAGGAAAAAUAUAACCUGUGAAAAUUGUGGCAGUUAGCUUUGUGAAGACACAGUGACCUCUGUGGAGACAUGGAAUAUGCAGAAAGAGAUGGUUAGUACAGUUGUUCUGUCGUCUGCAGUUCAGUCAGGGACAAAUUGAGAGAGGAAAGUUUAAGCAGGGUGCAUUAGAAGUUAAUAACCAGUCCAGCAUUCUUAGAACAGAUGGGUUUAGAGAACACGAGUUGUAGUUCCUUGGCAGAAUGCCAUGGUGAAUAUAAGAAACUGUGAAAUUGAGCUUACUGAGUAGAAAAUGAGAAUACUAAAAAUGUGAAGUUUGGAGGGUAUGUAUUAGAUCAUUUCUAAUGGUCCUCAAAUAAUGAUCAUUGCCUGCCUGACUAUAUAAGAUUCUUGUUGGGAGCUUAAGAAUAGAUUCCUGAGCUAGGCCUUUGGAGACUCUGGCAUGCUGUGUCUAGGAGGGAGUCUGUAAAACAAUUUUUAAUGAAGAAAUUUAAAAAUUACACAAAACUAGAAUAGUGCAUUGGUACUCAACAUCCAGAUCUGACACUUAUCACUAUCUUACCAUGUUUGCUUCGUUUGUCAUUUUUUUGUUUGCUUAAGUAUCUUAAAAUCCCAGACAUCGUGUUAUUUCACUGCUGUGAACACUUUGGGUAGAUACCACGAUAUCACACCUAACAAAGGCAGCAGCAGUCCUUCGGCUUCAUCUCAUAGCCAGUCCUUAAGCAAAUUUCCCUGAUUAUCUCAAAAAUCAUCUUCUAGUUGGUUUGUUAGAAUCAACAGAAUAUAAGUCACAUGAUGAUUUUGUUUUUAACAAUCACCUCAGAUGACUUUGAUGUUAGCUACUUUGGGAACCACUGGAAAUUAUUUUGCCAACUUGAAAGUUCAAGUUAGGAUACCACAAUUCUUGGCACGUUUGGUGGAUUAUAAAUGUGAUUUUGAAAUAUUAGAGGAAGCAUUUGGGGUUAAUGACAGGAUAUGAAUUUAUAUUAGUAAGUUUGAUAAGAUAAAAUUUCCUCAGUGAACGGAGAAUCUCAGCCCCAUGGGCUCUAAUUGAUUGGGACUUGUGUAGAGCGUGGUCACAGUUUAAUCCAACUGGACUGUAUGCUGUGGUCUCACUCAUGUUGUGGCUUAUUUACACUGUCGCACACUCUACAUUGUGGAUCAGUUGGAAGGUUCUUCAUCUGGUUUAUUUAGACCUGACCUAAUUGAUCAUUUUACCAUAAAUUGAAUUAUAGUGAAAACUGUCUUUUAGGUACUGUUUCUACCUAAAGUUAAAGGUAUCACAAAAUGUGUAUAAUAAUUUUUAAAUGAAUUUUCUGAAUUUAUCUUUAGACAAGGUAAUUCUUUUGAAUUCUAAAGAAAUGCAGUUCUUGGAGUUGAUGAGAGGUUAAAUUAUAGAUGGACAACUUAGAGAACGUAUUCCAUCUUCAUAUAAAUGGUCUUUUAUAAAACAUAGUGUAUCUAUGCAGUUUAUAUAAACUACAUGAUUUAUUAUUUGAGUCUAUGUAUUCUGACCUCAGAACUAUCUCUGGGCUACAGUAUUACCAAAGUGGGAUGCCUUUAAAAUGCAGUCAAACUUCAUUUGUAUGAAGUAGAAAAGAACUUGGGAAACCUUUAAAAAUAUAUAUUGUGAUUUACGCUUUAAGAAAAUGCAUACUUUUUUCUAAUGAAGAGUAGUUCAUAAUAUAUAAGGGUUUUAAGGCCCUGAAAUAACAUUAGUGCUUACUCAUUGCUCUCUCAUCUUGCCUCCAGUCAGAUGUUAUUGGUAUAGUGAAAAGAAGACCAGAUUUUGAACUAGAUCUGGAUUCUGUUUUUAGUAACUCAGGCAUGUUAUUUAACCUUCUCUGUGCCUUAGGUUUUUAAGUACAAUCAGUGUACCCUUCAAACCUCACAAGAUGAAACUCAGAAGAGAUAAUGGAUUUGGAAGCAUUUUGCGUGGCUUAUAUUAUGCCACGCCAGUGUUACUGUUGAAGUUCUAUUUUGUUCUGUUGUUUUCUGUACAGAGCGUUCAGUUUACUCAGGCUGAAUGUUUUCUGACAUAUAUCUCCAGUAUGAAUUUGUUUAUGUAAGGAAGAGUUUUUCAGGAAGAGAAAGUAGAGAAGAAAAGAAUGAUGUAACUAAAUCAAAAAAGAAGGAAAAGAGAGGAAGUGAGAAAAGGGGUGAGGAAAGAGAAAGGAGUAAGAAUGGGAAUGGCAAAGGGCAGAGUAAGAGAAAAGAUGGAAUGAGUGUAUGGAAAAUUGAGAAGUAGAGAUGGAGAGAAAUGGUGUGGAAACAUUUACUUUUUGAGUUGUAGCCCUCACACUACAUCAGUUUGCUUGCCUGGGCUCUCUGGGGUCAGGAAAGGUGCUGACUUCCAUGGAAUGGGGCAGCAAGGCCUGCUGUAUUUGGUUUGUUAGUACUAGAGUUGUUUCCCAAUCACCCUACUCACUGAUCAUUUAGUGCCAAUUCAACAUUUUAUGUCUUUUUUUUUAGUGGAUCCCAGUUUGUGAGCUAGGACCUGUGGAAAUACAAGUAUCUUCCUUUUUAACUUUAUUGUUUUAGCCAUCCCAAGUGUUAGACUGCAAGACUAACUACAUAUUCCCCAGUGGAGGUUGGAAGUGGAGAGGACUGCUUCAUUAGGUCUGAAGGGGGCCAAGGAAUGUGUUGCAGCAGUUUUCCCAGAUGAUACUGACGAGAGGCCAGGUUUGGGAAUCACUGCCCUGCCUUGGAUGGCAAAUUAAGCAAUAAAUUACACCUAUUUAUUCCUCAGUUGGGAUACUUUCAGUUGAACCAUUCUGAGUAGAUUUAAGAGAACAAAAGACAGCAGAAAUACCUUAGAAGAUAUUAUUGGUUGUCUUAUUUUUCAGAUAUUUGUAUUUAAUAAAUACCUUAGUAGUAGUCAGAACCUCUUUGAGAUGUUUUUAGAAAGACCACUGAUUUGUUUUUUAAAAUAAUUUUUUUGGUUCCUUAGAGUAGAGAAGAAAAGUAGGGGUGCAAUAUGUCAGGUGUGGGGCCAGUUAUCCAUUUAUUAAAUGCAAUUUCAAGUGUCUUAAAACAAUAAUUGCCUUAUUGCAUUUUAAUAUUUAAUAAAGUAGAUUAAAUAAAGAUUUGUAUUAUAACAGUUAUUCUUUUAUACAUUGCCAAAGCAACCCUUUUUUGCCUAUUAAAAUCUGGCUAAACUGUUCUGAUGUUGUUUCUUAAUUCAUUAAACAUGAAACUAGGUUUUACCAACUAAAUUAUAUAAAGACAGAAGUCUAAAAAUGGUACAAGAAAAUUUUUUUUAAAAAAAUUAAUGUGUUAUUCAAAUAUCCAGCAAUUAAAGACUCAUGAGAAAAACAGAAUAGCAUAUUAGAUGUAACAGUUUAAAAUGGAUUGCAAAUCAAUGUCAGACUUAAAUAGAAAAUAUUUAUUAUCACCUCAUUUCUACCAAUAAUUUCAGAUGUUUAAUGGGACUUUGAAAAGAUAGGAAAAAAUAGAAAUGAAAAUUUAUCUCACCUUUAAUACUGUGAAUACUAUUUGGAGGGUCCCUGGUCAGACAUUUAAAUAUCAAACUUAAGAACUGACAUGGAGCCUUUGAUUAGUUUAUAUACAAGAUCUGAAUAUUUACACACAUAGCACACUAUAGCAACCUCUUGUAAAAAAUCAUGAAGAUAGAAUGCAACAGUGUAUAUUCUAUUAAAAAGUAAAUUGGCUGGGUGUGGUGGCUCAUGCAUGUAAUCCCAGCACUUUGGGAGGCCGAGGCAGGAGGAUCGCUUGAGCCCAAGAGUUUGAGACCAGCCUAGGUGACAAAGUGAGACCCCAUCUCUACAAAAAAAUUAAAAAAUUAUCCAGAUGUGGUGGUGUUUGCCUGCGGUCCUAGCUACACAGGAAGUUGAGGCAGGAGGAUUGCUUGAGUGCAAGAGUUUGAGGCUGCAGAGAGCCAAGAUUGCACCAUUGCACUCCAGCCUGGGUGACAGAGCGAGACCUGUCUCAAAAAAUAAAGGAAAUUGGCUUUGACUAUGAAAAACAGCCAUUUUCAACCUUUUUAUAAAACCUCUUCAGGGAAUAUUGGAAUAUUAUUUUUGUCAGGCAAAAAUAAUCCAGGGCUUGAGCAUUGCUGUAGAAUAUGUUAUCUGUUCAAAACUUAGCAGAGCACGCAUGCAUCACAUGCAUUGUCAUCAGUAUUUGAGAGCUGAACCAAUGGUUUUUGAUGGUUGCCAUAACAGAAGAUCUGUGAAGAGGAUGGUGGUUUGCACCUGUUCCUGAAGUCAAACUGGAAAAGGUUGCAGGUAUUUCAAUUUUCUCAAUCAUUUUGCAUAAAUGUAUUAAUAUUUUGAGUAGUAAUAGUUCUAAACCUGCAGGAAGGCAUCAUUGUAUACUGUGGUAUGUAGAGAAUACUACUCUUAUACUGCUCUUUAUCUUAAAAUGUUUUGGUAUACUGUGAAUAUUUUCCUCUAAGUAUUUGGUGUAUUUUGACAGUUAUUAAAGGAGAAUAUAAAAUUAAAGAUUCUGGUCUAAACUAAGAAUAAUGGAAAGUUGCUUCGUCCUGCCUUAGAGGAGUUUUCAGUUCAUCCUCUUCUUGAGAAACUAUGUGUUGCUGUUACUAAAUAAACAUUUACUCAAUAAACGUUUUUAUUUCCUCAAA